CUACUUUUUGUUCUUCCAUUCCUGUCAGCUAAACCUGCUUGAUAUUCUUCCUGAUGUGUAGAAGGAAUUACAAGUAGAAAGUACAUGAAAGGAUUUUUCAAACCUAUAGAGUCUUUUUCCCACUUUUGAAUUAGUGCUUAUCUUGCCAAGAAAAAUAAAUGCAGAUGUUGGACCAUGUCAGAAAUAUUUUCAAGAGAAUGGAUUGUUUCCUACAGAAUGGUGAUGUGGCUUCUGAUUCUGGUGGCGUAUUUGUUUCAAAGAAAUGUGAAUUCAGGACAUAUGCCAACUAAAGCUGUGGACCCAGAAGCAUUCAUGAAUAUUAGUGAAAUAAUUCAACAUCAAGGUUAUUCCUGUGAGGAGUAUGAAGUCACAACAGAAGAUGGGUAUAUCCUUUCCCUUAACAGAAUUCCUCAAGGCCUAAUGCAACCUAAGCCAACAGGUUCCAGACCUGUGGUGUUACUACAGCAUGGACUCCUUGGAGAUGCCAGUAACUGGAUUUCCAACCUACCCAACAACAGCCUGGGCUUCAUUCUGGCAGAUGCUGGUUAUGACGUGUGGAUGGGGAACAGUAGAGGAAACACCUGGUCUCGGAAACACAAAACUCUCUCCAUAGACCAAGAUGAGUUCUGGGCUUUCAGUUAUGAUGAGAUGGCUAGGUUUGACCUUCCUGCAGUGAUAAACUUUAUUUUGCAGAAAACGGGCCAGGAAAAGAUCUAUUAUGUCGGCUAUUCUCAGGGCACCACCAUGGGCUUCAUUGCAUUUUCCACCAUGCCUGAGCUGGCUCAGAAAAUUAAAAUGUAUUUUGCUCUAGCUCCUAUUGCCACUGUCAAAUAUGCAAAAAGCCCUGGAACCAAAUUUUUGUUGCUGCCAGAUAUGAUGAUCAAGGGAUUGUUUGGAAAAAAAGAAUUCCUGCACCAGAACAGAAUUCUCAGACAGUUUGUGAUUUACCUUUGUGGCCAGGUGAUAAUUGACCAGAUUUGUAGCAAUAUCAUGUUGCUUCUGGGUGGAUUUAAUUCAAACAAUAUGAACAUGAGCCGAGCCAAUGUGUACGUGGCCCAUACACCUGCUGGAACUUCUGUGCAAAAUAUCCUACACUGGAGCCAGGCAGUAAAUUCUGGAGAACUACGGGCAUUUGAUUGGGGAAGUGAGACCAAGAAUCUGGAGAAAAGCAAUCAGCCCACUCCUUUAAGGUACAAAGUUAGAGAUAUGAUGGUUCCUACAGCAAUGUGGACUGGUGGUCAGGACUGGCUAUCAAAUCCCGACGAUGUGAAAACACUGCUUUCAGAAGUGACCAACCUCAUCUACCAUAAGAACAUUCCUGAAUGGGCUCACGUGGAUUUCAUCUGGGGUUUGGAUGCUCCUAACCGUUUGUACAAUGAAAUCAUACAUCUGAUGAAGCAGGAAGACAUUGGCCUUUCUCAGGAAACGUGUAAGGUUAGACUGUGAAGCAUCUAAAACUGCAAGUCUUAGGAAGACCCUGA